AUGUCCGGCUGGAUUCCUGCCAACUCCGAUCAAGGUGCUGGCGUUCCUGAAGGCAGAGCAAGGGCACGGGAUCUCGGUAUCAAAAUCGGUAUUUAUGAACCCGGCAAACACAAUGCGAUCACGGAUGUCGCAGGGGUGAAGGUGGGGCAUGUCACGUUGAAAAGUGGUGAUAAUGUUCGGACAGGUGUUACUGCGGUUAUUCCACGUGACGAUAUUUGGACAAAUAAACUGUUUGGUGCGGGUUAUGCAAUCAACGGUAACGGCGAGGCAACGGGGCUAGCAUGGGCUAAUGAAGCGGGGUGGAUCGAGUCCCCAAUUAUGCUGACGAAUACACUCAGCAUUGGACCCGUUCACGAUGGUGUUGUGCGAUACAUGAUCAAACGCUAUCCGGAUAAUCACAUCAUUCUGCCAAUCGUUGCAGAGUGCUAUGACGGUGGACUGAAUGACAUCAGCGGGCUGCAUGUCACCGCAGAACACGCAAUUCAAGCGAUAGAAAAUGCCGUAGAUGGUCCUGUCGUAGAAGGAUGUGUCGGCGCAGGCACAGGAAUGCGGUGCUACAGUUUUAAGGCAGAACUCACACCGAAGCGGGGUCGAGAUGGUUCGUUCAUCAUCGUUGUCGCAACGGAUGCUCCCUUGGUACACCGUCAACUGAUGCAACUUGCCAAGCGGGUGACACAUGGGCUUGCCCGCACCGGGACACCAAGUACCGUUAGCAGCGGCGAAUUUGUAAUUGCUUUUUCAACCGCUAACACGAUUCCGCGUCGGACGGACGAUGGGACAUUUCCUAUCACGAUGCUUGCUAAUCGUCGGAUGGAUGCGCUGUAUCAAGCUGUUAUUGAAGCGACAGAGGAGGCAAUCCUGAACUCCAUGACCACAGCAGUGACGACCAUCGGCAGAAAUGGGAACACGAUCUAUGCCCUCCCUUUGGAUCGGUUGCAAGCUGUGAUGAAACAAUACGGACAGCUUAAGUCCGAAGGCAAUUGA